GAGCCGCGGCGCGCACGGCGGCUGUCCUGCCUGCCACAGUGCGCGGCGAGGCUGCGCCGCGACUUGGCGCGGUCGUCCCUAACGUCGCCGCUGGGCAUCCUUAGGACAGGCAGUCUCUGAGGCCGCGCGGGGACCCCACUCGUCCGCACCCUUCCAUGCACUCACUCUUCAGUGCCUGGCCGGGCAGGCCCCUCGCGGACGCGGAGCCGCGCGGGUGACGGCAGAGGCGGCUGCGCGCCUAGCCCAGCCCGCGGAGAGGGCGCGCCGCGCCCCCGCCCCCCGCCCGCUCUCCGGAGGCCGUGGGUGCGGAUGCGCCGCUGACGAUUCGCAGCGACCAGCAGUGCCGCCGGCUCGCCGGCCGGAGCCCGAAGCAUGGCAGCCGCCGCCUAUGUGGACCAAUUCGCCGCCGAGUGCCUCGUGUCCAUGUCGAGCCGCGCGGUCGUGCAUGGGCCGCGGGAGGGGCCGGAGCCCGGACCCGAGGGCGCGGCCACCGCUGUCGCCGCCACGCUGCCCCGCGUCGAGGAGCGACGCGACGGCAAGGACAGCGCCUCGCUCUUCGUGGUGGCGCGGAUCCUAGCGGACCUCAACCAGCAAGCGCCGGCGCCCGCUCCGGCGGAGCGCAGAGAGGGCGCCGCUGCCCGGAAGGCGAGGACCCCCUGCCGCCUGCCGCCUGCGCCGCUCGCCGUCCCCGAGCCCGCCUCCCCCAGCGGCGAAGGCGCGGCUGCUGCGCCCCUUAGCCCCGCGUGGAGCGAGCCUGAGGCGGGGCUGGAGCCCGAACGGGAGCCGGGGCCCGCGGGGAGCGGCGAGCCCGGCCUCAGACAAAGGGGCCGGCGGGGCCGAAGUCGUGCCGACCUCGAGUCCCCGCAGAGAAAGCACAAGUGCCACUACGCGGGCUGCGAGAAAGUUUACGGGAAAUCUUCGCACCUCAAGGCGCACCUGAGAACUCACACAGGUGAGAGGCCCUUCGCCUGCAGCUGGCAGGACUGCAGCAAGAAGUUCGCGCGCUCGGACGAGCUGGCGCGACACUACCGCACGCACACCGGCGAGAAGAAGUUCAGCUGUCCCAUCUGCGACAAGCGCUUUAUGCGUAGCGACCACCUGACCAAGCACGCCCGGCGCCAUGCCAACUUCCACCCGGGCAUGCUGCAGCGGCGCGGCGGCGGCUCGCGAACCGGCUCGCUCAGCGACUACAGCCGCUCGGACGCCAGCAGCCCCACCAUCAGCCCGGCCAGCUCGCCCUGAGCGCCGCCCCCCCCCCAGCCCGGCUGCGGCUGCGCAGCAGCACGGCCCCGCCCUCCGCGCCCCUCCCUGUCCCGUGCGCCCCAGGCGCGGGCACCCCAUCGUCCCACUACAGCCAUGAGCAGAUGCUCUCACUUUUUCUGCCCCCGCAUCUGUUCCUUUCCUAACAGGAAAGAAGAGAGAGAACUUUGUGACGUCCACAACAAAACCCCCCAAUUUUCUUCACCUCAGGUGUCAAACUCAAUUUGUAAAAAAAACAACAAAAAAAAUUUCAAAAAACACCAUCCACAAAUUGCACAAUAGACACACCCACGAUGGUGAGGUUCAGCGGUGUCACCCCCUUUCUCAGGGAUGGACAUGGUCCAGGAGGUCAGUGAGGACACGCUUCCUGCCGCCUUACUCUGUAUAUAGAUUUGCACUCUGGAGCUUUCUGUUGGGUUUGGGAACACGCUGGGGACAAGCAGGGGAAGCAGUGCAGGUAGACUUCAGCGUCUGGCUUGCAGGCCAGUCCGUUGGUCAGUUGGCAGUGGACAGGGUCACUGACACUUGUCUUCUGGGGGCCUGCACGUCUUUGCUGCCACCCGCCCGGCCUCCGGCCCCUGGCCCCUGCUCCAGUGGCCGGCUGGGGUCAGGACACAGACGGGUGAGAGGGGAUGCCUUAAGUCGCGCCGGGCAAAGGAGCAAGCCCCCCGGAGGACCAUCUCGCUGUCCCUGCCACAAGGAGCUCGUCUGGCCUCUGUCUGGGGCAUUGGAAGCAACGGUGCAGCCGGUUGGGAGACCAUUGCACCAUCGAUGCAGCGGUGCCCAGGCCACUCUCACUGGCCCUUGUCCCCUUACCCCCAGGUGCGUGCCCUACAGGGACGCCUGCUACUGUGUGUCCCUGCGGAAGGCACCGGGGGCCUGCCACUAAUACACCGCGUUCUCCGUCUGGAGCAGAGCCUGGGAGCUCUGGUCUUCUGCAGAGAUGUCCCAAAGUGUCGGUGCUUCCAGUUCCCUGUUCUCUCCCACCAGCCCUGCUACCUGCUAUCGGGACCCCUUUGUUUGAACCGGUGGGUGAAGUUGUUGGGCCACCUUGCCAGAGGCUGUGUAUGUGUGGCGGGGCGUGUGGCUGUCCCUCGCAAAGACUGAUCCAUAGCAGGAGACUGGAACAUUGUGACGUGGAACUUUCCAGGAGGGGUGACACGGGUGUUAUGGGACAUGCUGUCAGGAGCAUGCGUGGUCUGUCUCCUCCCCAGAGAGCGAGCGCCAGAUGGAACGUUGUGGGGAAUGCUUUUCUCAGAGCCACUGUGUCCCCAGCUCAGAGCGAGCGCACCUCCAGCGCUGUGUCCCUUGCCCAGCCCACACCCUGCCCGAAGCUUCUGCUGGAGAGGAGGAGCCCAGAGCGGGCACGGGGUCCAAGCCCUGGCGGGUCAGUCAGGCGGCUCCGGCCCGCUCCUCGUCUGCAGACAACAGGGGCGUCUUCCCAGCACUGCUGCCCAGGCACCGCCCUUCCCAACCCUUCCCUUCCCCAGAGAGUUGGUGCCUGUAAAUAUAAGCCCCCAGGACUGUGUGUGUGUGUGUGUGUGUGUGUGUGUGUGUACACGUGCGUGUGUGGGGGCGGACUUGGGUAUCUUCAGAGACCUGCCCAUUUUGAUGAGGAGGAACGGCCCAUGGGACUCAAGAGGGCCGUCCAUGGGCUUCCUGGGCCCAGAGUGCCUUGGUGUGGCCACCCUGCUCCCACCCCACCCUCUCACAGCGUGGGGUGCAGCCCUCAACCCCAGCGACCCAGACCUGGCUGGUGCUUACAUCACAGCCUCUGGUCACUGCUUCGGGCCAGCUCCAGAGUGGACAGGCGCCCUCUGUUCGUAGCGGCUACGAGGGUGGCACCCUGCCGUGUGCAACACCUGGGUGUCCAUAUCUAACUACUGUGUCAGCUGGGAUUGGCCACUGCGUGGUGGUGACUUCUCAGUAGCAUGAUAGGUACCAAGUUGUACCGCAGUGGUGGUCUCGCUGUGGGUGGUCCCCGCCCUGGUGAGGGUGCAGAGCUGGCCACCCCGGCUGCCGGGCUCCGCUUGGGCUGCGUGACGGCCCUGUGUGCGUUGGAUCCGGAGAGAGUGGACUGUGCCCUGGGGGCCUGGACAGAAGAGCACCCCACUGCUGGGGUGCCCAGUGCCAGUGUGAGGCCCUCCCAAAGUUGUUUCUGCGUGAGGCGGAGAAAGCCACACUAUGAAUACAUGUCAUGUCUCAGGAACUCACAUUCCAGGUUCAGGAAUUUUAUUCCAAAGUCCUUUGGUGCGCUUACCAACCCGGGGUCCCGGAAGGCAGGGGCGGUCACACAGCGCCGUCCCCUGGAGGAGCCCGGUGUCUCCUCGUGGCGCGCCCGCGGUGGCCGCGUUGGGACGGAGGGUUGCUAAGCCAGUCUGUCUGCACAUAGAAGGGGAAAGGAUUCUAAACCCAGUCGUCUUGGAAUAAGAGAAGAGCUGGUUUGUUUUUGAGGCGGGUGGGGGUGGGGGUGGGGGAAACCGGGCUUUUGCUGUUUCCAAAGAGAGCACUUAAUUUUUCCUCUCAAUGACCCAGGGCUGUUCCGUCGGAUAGAUGGAAGGCUAACAUUGCCUUAAAACAGAAAUAUGCAGGCGUUGGCUAUUUUUGGCAAAUGAGUGUCUUCAUUCCCAAUGCGGUCUGGUCUACUGGCAGGGUGGGUCCUUCUGAAUGUUGGGGACUUGCUCUUGUGACUUAGGCACUUGGAGGGAGUUCCCGCCCAGCACCCCUGAGCACUGGGCCUGGGGUCCGGCCAUUGGACUGGCCUGACCAUCUGGGACUAAAAUCUGUCUCUCGAAGGGCGGGAACAUCCAUGACUCUCUGGCCAGGUUCACAUGGGCCGUUACUCGCAUCUCAUCAUCACGGAACGUGCAGUGUGUGUGGAAGAGGGGGGUGGGCCUGGAAAGCCUCCCCCACUGAGGCCCCCGCGGGGAGGACCCCCCUGAAAUAGCCUGUGUUGUCCUCUAAGAUGUAAAAUGUCUUCCCAGCCUGGGUUCAUUUCAGGGUCUUUCCUUUUUCUGGCUUAUGGCCACGCUUGCCGGUUUCAGUGUGAUUGAGGAAUCCAUAGGACUCCUAGAAAUAAGAGUGAAAAUUCAAACCUUUACUCUUAAGGGAGCAGAGAGCUCAAAAUGAAGGUUGCCCGAGUAGAGGGAGAGUCCCAUCCAAAAAGGCCUCAAAGUCACCCUGGGCUCGACCAUUUGUGGGGGCUGGUGUGCAGCUAUAUCCCAUGUGGGAACCCCCCUUUGUGUUAGCCAUGUUAGAGGAGCAGCUGUCGGCUCCCCGUAUGCCCACUGGAUCCUACAGCUGUCUGGAAGGACAGAGGGACAAGCCCUCCCACAAGGCCCAGGGUCCUCUCCGGUGGGGUGCUGUGGGGGAACGUGUUCUGGGGGUACCCGCCCUACCUCCUGCCACACCCCCAUCCACUGCAGCCGAGGUGCAGGCCCCUCCUUUACUCUGAGGCCAUCCAUCCAGGCGGCUGCAGGAUUUGCUAUGGUGCAACCGCCAGGGGCAAUCAUCAGGGGUCCCCAGACCUCACCAGGCCCGGGGACACAGCUCAGACCAAGGAAAGGUAACUCAGAGGUGGGGACAGACCUCGGGCCACAGGUGGCCCCCAGCCUGCUUGUUGCAACAUGCACAGAGGCCUGGUGGCUUCCUGUGGUCCCAAGUGACUUGUGGCAGAGUGGGGGUCUCUGCUCAAGCCUUUUGCAGCCCAGUGUCUCCAGAAGACCGGGCCUUUCUUGCCAGAAGGAGAUGCUAAGGCAGACUGCCCAGGGCCAUAGCACCCCCCAGGGACUCCAGUCUGGAGCUCAGCAGCAGGAGUGCCACCUCACAGGAAGACGUGAUCUGAGCAAUACAUCCCCUUGUUUCGCAACUCCUGGUUUGGCUGUGUUUACACGGCUACCUGAUUGGGACUUCUGACAGGUAUCACUGAUUUUUUUUUUAGACCCACUUUUAAAAAGUCACUCAAAGACAGUGCUUGAAGAUUUAAAGGGGCAGAGGUGUCUGUACAUCACAGCCAGCUUGAAAUGCUUUGUAGGUCAUCCACAUCUUUUGCUGUCCAAAGGGUCCAUGUACGACUCUGGUGACCACAGGUUCCAAAGCGAGUGCCAAGGUUGUGGGCUGACGCUUGCUGAAUUCAGGGUCUCCCUGGGAAGAGCCACGUCCUGUGACUGGCUUCCUGAUUCGGAGGCUAGCUCUCCAAGGUUUGUCCCGGACACAUUCCAGAGAAUUCCGUACUAGAAUUUGGAUCCGCAAUCCAGCUUACCACUGAUAAAUACCUGGACAUGGUUUAGGGAGAGGCCCUUCCCCCAGCCACUGCUCCUUAAGAAGAGUAGGCUUUGCGGGAGGUGUGAGCCCUGGACCCCUGAGAGGAGGGGCCACACGCAGUUCCUGUUGACCGGCCGCAGACUUGCAUUGUGGCCCCCUGGCCCUGCCCAGCCUCUGCCCUUCUCAUGCAGCUUUAAACCCUUAACUACUUUCACGUAAAGAACAGGAUGGGACAGAAGUGAUGUCCCUGCCCGCACAUCACACCUGGGGGGGAGGGGGACACAGGAAUCCUGAGGAGCAGGAGUGGGCCAUCACGCAGCAGCUUGGUCCCAGGGCUUGGGGGUGUCCUACUGACAUGUGGACAGCACAUGCUCAUUUGCAAGCCAAGGAUGCAAGCCGAAUGCCUGCAGGGCAAGCACAGGUUUGGGUGAAGGCUGGCCCUCCCACUAGGCACUGCUUGGCUGGCCGGAUCUGUCCCCAGCCUGCCCCCAUGUGGAGGGAGGGGGCCACCUCCCAGCACAUCUCGGACACCUGGGGAAGUGGCAUCCAUUCCUGGAUCAGGGUGCCUGUCUCUGGGUGUGGGUGGGAGACUGUUCCCUGGCCUCGCCCUGGAGUCCCCCUGUGCCAAGUGCCGUCCUGAGCAGCUAUGCAUUGUAGGGCGUGGGGCUGGCUGUGGCUCCCGCGUGCCAGGGAAUUGCUGUGUGGGGUGCAUGCAUUGGGGUUGAAGCCGCCCCCAGUCCCACACAAAUGAACCCUUCCCCAUCCAAAGCCAUUGAUGGAGCGUCUCUGGAAUCUUUGGCCAAAC